GGUCUGCAUCCCUUUCUUUGAAAAUUGGAUUUCCAUAAGAUCGCUCCACGAAUGGUUAUAAGAAAGGAUGAACAAUUGGAUCAUUCUCACCCUCUAAGUAAACUAGAUUGUCAUCUGCAUGUUCAGCCUGGGCUGGCUGAAGCUCUUUAUCUUUGCUCUUUCUCGGUGGUAUGGCUCCAGACGCCUCUGAAUAGAGGGAAACCACCUUCCUACCCAAAAUAUGACAGCUACAUUCCCCUGAGCUCGUCACGAUCCCAGAUAUUGUCGCAGAUACAGCACUGGGUCAAGAGACCCCCUCCGCAAACGCAUGAUUCUUCACGAGCUGACAGAAGCAAAUACUGCGAUUAUCACCGUGUCUACGGCCAUAACACAGAGGACUGUCAGAGCCUCAAGGAUGAGCUCGAAUUCUUGGCUCGCAAUGGGAAAUUGGAGGGGUAUGUACAGAAGUCUUUUGUUUGGCAACCCACCCAGACCCACUUUGUACAAGAGUACGGCCGACCUCAAGCACCCGGAUAUCAACUCAGUAACAAUCCAAAUUCUUGCCAGGCAGGUCCGUACUCAUCCGAGUUGAACAGAGUAUACAGGGGGCGCCCGUUCAAUAGGCGUGGGCAAGGACAGAAAGUACCUGCACAGAAUCCAAAAGACCAUAGAGGAGUUGGGUAUGGAGGAAUACCCCCUCCAUCUGGCACGAUCAAUAUGAUCUCUGGUGGAAUGCACUCAGAGGGCCAAAGUGCCCAGGCCCGCAAGGCUUAUGCCCACCAGGUGAUGAUAGUCAACAAAAACAGGCCCUUGAAGCGACCGUUCGAAGAGGCGGAAUGGGAGAACGCAGCUAUCACAUUCAGCCCGCCAGAUUAUAAGCGAGCAGACGGAGAGCCAGACGUUAUGAUGCCUCAUGCAGAUCCAUUUGUGGCAACGGUCCAUAUAGGCAAUCAUAAUGUCAAUAAGGUCUUUAUUGAUACGGGUAGCUCGCCAUAUAUCCUUUAUUGGAGCUGCUUCCAGAAGAUGCAGUUGAACCCGAGCUCGCUACAAAAGUAUGAAGGACCCAUCUAUGGGUUCAAUAAUCAGCCCAUCCCGGUAGAAGGAGUCAUUACCCUUCCCAUCUAUGUGGGCUCAGAACCACGGUUCAGGAUGGCCUCCGUCACUUUCCUGGUCGUCAAGAUGGAGUCAGCUUUCAACGCUAUACUGGGAAGAGCCACCCUUUGCGAGCUGAAGGCUGUCAUUUCUCAACCCCAUCUCUGCAUGAAAUUCCCAACUCCUCAGGGGGUAGGAGUACUUAAGGGGAACCAGAAAAUGGCCAGAGCCUGCUAUCAAGACACGUUCAGAAAGGUUGAGCUCGCUGCAACACCGGCAGGUUUUGAGAAUAGCAAGCUAACUCAGCUCGAACCAGUGGAGCCAGUGGAAACAGUCCUUUUAGACCCUGACGUGCCGGAAAGGACGGUUAAGAUCGGCACCAAGCUCACAGAGGCAGAACGGGCAGAGCUUUUGGAGUUUUUAAGGGUUAAUCAGGACGUGUUUGCGUGGGCUACAGAUGAAAUGCCUGGCAUCCCAACGGAGUUGACAAUCCACAAGCUCAGCACGGACCCCACCAUAAGGCCGGUGGUGCAAAAACGCCGCCUUUUUUGCCCUGAGAAGCAAGCUGCCAUUGACGAGGAGAUACAAAAGUUGUUACGGGCAGGCUUCAUCAGAAGAGUAGAGUACUCUGAAUGGGUGUCCAACCCUGUGCUCGUCAAGAAGCCAAAUGGCAAGUGGAGGAUGUGUAUUGAUUUCACCAACCUCAAUGAUGCGUGUCCAAAAGACCCUCAUCCCUUGCCAAACGUCGAGAAGUUAGUAGAACGGGCAGCAGGACAUGAACGGAUAAGGAAAUUCCUAGGAUACGUGGUAUCCAAGAAAGGGAUUGAAGUGAAUCUAGAGAAGGUCCAGGCCGUUCAGCAGAUGGAGCCUCCCAAGACUGUAAAGGAUGUACAGCGUCUGACAGGUCGUAUAGCUGCGUUGCACAGGUUUAUAGCCAGGUCAGGUGAAAGGUGCCUCCCGUUCUUUAAAGCUCUACGAGAGCCUAAAAGCUUCCAAUGGACUGAUGAAUGUCAACGGGCGUUUGACGAGCUCAAACAGUAUCUGGCAUCAGCACCCUUACUGUCUAAACCUGUCGAUGGGGAAUGCUUAUAUCUUUAUCUGGGGGUCACAGAGGAAGCGGUGAGUUCAGUGCUACUGAGGGAAGAGAAUAAAAUUCAGAAGCCUAUUUGCUACGUGAGCAAGGUGUUACAAGGUGCCGAGCAGAACUACCCACUAGCAGAAAAGGCUGCUUUUGCUUUGGUCUGCACAGCUCGUAAGCUGAGAGCUUAUUUUCAGUCUCAUCAGAUUGUUGUUUAUACUGAUUUCCCAUUGAGGAAAAUAUUGCAGAAGCCAAAACUCUCGGGGCGGCUCAUUGGAUGGAGUGUCGAGCUGAGUGAGUAUGACCUCAAAUUUCAGCCGCGCACGACUAUUAAAGGCCAAGCUGUGGCAGACUUCUUGGUCGAAUGUGCCCCGGCGACUGUGAAAGAAAAGACACCUGAACACCCAGUUUGGGUUUUGUAUGUAGAUGGAGCUGCUAAUGUCGAAGGAUCGGGUGCUGGAGCUGUGUUACUGGGCCCUGAUGGCUUUAAAUCCGAGCACGCACUGAGGUUUAAGUUUCAGGCGACUAAUAACGCUGCAGAAUACGAAGCCCUCAUUUAUGGACUGAAGCUAACAUACGAGCUGAAGGUACGAAGCAUUCAGGUUUACAGCGACUCUCAGCUCGUUGUGGGCCAGGUGAAUGGCAGUUGUGAAAUCAGGGAUCCCCCGCUCGGUCGUUAUGCCUCUGUGGACCUUAACCCUCAAAGAUCUACAAUUGUCGAGGUACUCGACGCACCGAGCUACACUGGUUCCACAGUCGAGUGUCAGUUGCUAACCACAGAUCCCUCUGCACCGAGCUGGACCACCCUGCUCAGAAAUUAUCUACAAAGUGGUGAGCUACCUGAAGAUCCGUCUGCUGCCAAAAUGAUUAAGCGCAGGGCGGCCCAUUUUACUUUGAUAAAUAAUCAGCUCUACAAGCGGGCAGCCUCCAUGCCCCUAUUACGCUGUCUUACUCCAUAUGAAGCUGAAUAUGCUGUUAGAGAAAUCCAUGAAGGGAACUAUGUCAAGAAAUGCCCGACCUGCCAGUUUAACGUUGAUGACAUUCACAUGCCAGGAGAAACGCUCUCACCACUCUCAUCUCCCUGGCCUUUUGCCCAAUGGGGAGUCGACCUGCUGUGCCCUUUUAUGAAAGGAAAAGGAGGUUGCACAUACCUCGCUGUCGCAGUAGAUUACUUCACAAAAUGGAUAGAAGCCAAACCCCUAUCCACGACGACAGAAAAGAAAAUAGAGGAGUUCCUAUUCAAUGCAAUAUUAUGCAGGUUUGGCAUACCUAAACGGAUCGUCGCUGAUAAUGGUCCGCAGUUCCGAGCCGCUGCACUGAGGUCAUUCUACAAUGACUAUGGUAUUGAACUCUCCUUGACGUCUGUAUAUACUCCUCAGUCAAACGGACAGGCCGAGGUCGCCAAUAAGAUUGUCUUGCGGUGCCUCAAGACGCGUGUUUUAGCCGCGCGUUCUAAUUGGGUUGACGAGCUCAAUAAAGUGCUUUGGUCUUGUCGCACCACGCCCAGCUCGGCCACAGGCGAAACCCCAUUCAGCCUUGCUUAUGGAGCUGAGGCCGUCAUCCCGGUGGAGAUCGGAUUGCCCUCUGAGAGAGUAGGUCGGCACGACGAUGGUAACAAUGAGUAGCUAUUGAGGGAGAACUUAGACCUUGUGGAGGAGGUUAGGGAGAUGUCUCGAAUGAGAAACGUAGCACAUCAGAGUCGUGUGGCAAAAUUUUAUAAUAAGAGAGUUCGAACUCG